AUGCCGAGCUCUCCGAAGCCCAAGGACUCCCUUUGGAAGAAGGCCGGCAAGGCUUGUCUGUUUGUUGGCAAUUCAUGCGCGAAAAUGAUCGCCGACAACUUGACUAAGAAGAACGCGGCAAAGCUGGUGGCUGGCGCGGUGGUUUCGGGCGGCGGGAUGGCUGUUGACGCGGCGAGCGGCGCCGCAGCGGCAGCGAAGGGGGACAAGAAAGGCGCCACGGAUGCCAUGGUGAAUGUCGUCAAGGGCGCUGGCUCACUCGCGGCUUCCACCGUGGCGGGUCCCGUUGGCACAGUCGCGUUCAACGCGGCGACCUUCGCCGGGGGCAAGGCGAAACCCCUGGUGGAAAAAGAGGGGGGUGGGAUGGUGCAGGAAGAGGGUUAG